UAGGUGAAGGAAAUAUUUUGUACCUGAGCUCUUACAAAAAUGAGCCCAAAUCGUAAACCUAAAAUAUGGUCCAAACAAGCCGGAAGCAAGCUUACAAGUUGAUUUGUGCAGAAAGAGGGUAGAGUGUUUCAAGUGAAGAAGGGUAAAACUAGGAGAAGAGAGAAGAGAAAGAGGUUUUGUUGUUAUUGAGGUAGCAAUGGCACAUCAAGGAGAACCAAUGAAGCUACGAUGGGGAGAACUCGAAGAGGACGAUGGAGAAGAUCUUGACUUUCUUCUGCCGCCAAGGCAAGUCAUAGGCCCUGACGAAAACGGCAUUAAGAAGGUCAUCGAGUACAAGUUCGACGACGAUGGAAACAAGGUCAAGAUCACCACCACCACGCGCACCCGCAAACUCGCCAACGCCCGUCUCAGCAAACGCGCCGUUGAGAGACGCUCUUGGCCCAAGUUCGGCGACGCCGUCCACGAAGACGUCGGUAGCCGCCUCACCAUGGUCUCCACCGAAGAGAUCCUUCUAGAACGUCCCAAGCCUCUUGGUGCAAAAACGGAAGAGCCGAAGACUGCUGGAGAUCCGUUGGCUCAGUUUCAAAAAGGUGCUGUUCUCAUGGUCUGCAGGACUUGUGGGAAGAAAGGUGAUCACUGGACUUCAAGGUGUCCAUACAAGGAUCUUGCCCCACCGUCUGAGGGAUUUGUUGAUAAGCCUGCGGCAUCUGAUGUUGUGGCUGCCACAACUGGUUCAACCAAGGCAGCGUAUGUGCCUCCUGGAAUGAGAGCAGGUGCUGAGAGGACUGGAUCAGAUAUGCGACGUAGGAACGAUGAGAAUUCUGUCCGGGUUACAAACCUCUCCGAGGACACAAGAGAGCCUGAUUUGCUGGAGCUGUUCCGUCCUUUUGGUCCAGUGAGCAGAGUAUAUGUUGCUAUUGAUCAGAAAACUGGCAUGAGUAGGGGGUUUGGCUUUGUUAACUUUGUCAACAGGGAAGAUGCACAAAGAGCUAUCAACAAACUCAAUGGAUAUGGCUAUGACAAUCUCAUCCUUAGAGUUGAAUGGGCGACCCCCAGAACAAACUAAGUUUGCUUUAAAAUGGUAUUUUUGAAGGCCUAUCUAUUUUUGUAAUCAGAGUCCUGUACUGUCUGCUUUCUUUGAGAUAAUUUUUUAUUUGAAAGUAAUUCACUCUAGAUCUCUUAAUGGAUAUUGAUAAACACUUAAACAGGUAUCAUUCUACUUUUUACCCUUGCUUCUACUCUUAUAAAGUAUUAUUUUG